AUGGUGAAGCAGCAUCCCGAGAUUACUUAUUCACAGAAAUGCAAGUCCACUGGCAAAGAGCGGGACAAUCGUUCAAUACUACCUAAAACUAGGUUCGAUUCUUGCAGUAUUGAGGUCCAAGAUCCAAGAACAGCAAUACUGUUGCUGAAAUGCCAAGAAAACUCCGUUCUAGUCAAUGCUACAGCGGCCUUAUCAAAAUUUGGCUCCAAGAGCUCUGACAAUCUUGAAAUACUGUUCGAUCUUGAUAUCGUGGCUUUAGUGAUUCCCUUAUCAGAACACGAAGACAUAUUCGUACGAAGGUCUGACAUUUUUUCCAAGGACCGUGAUAAAUUCAGGUUUGCCACAAAAUUGUUGGCAGAAAUGGCCACACUACCGAAUAUACGCAACUUCUUGCUGAGCUCAAACUGUUACAUGCCUUAUUUUACAAGCAUUUUACAGAAUGACACGGACAUUUUCAUUCACGAGUUCAUAACAUUAAUAUUUGCCGAAUUAUCCAAAGAUAUGUACGGUGUGGCUCAGAUAUUGAAACAGUUCAAUAACUUCGACCUCUUGUUUGAGAAACUUCGGUCACCUGAUCCCGAUGUUAAGAAAAAUUCAAUUGAAAUAAUAUACAAUUUGUUGAAAGAUCCGAUGGGUGCACAAGAAAUUAUUGACACGAAGGAUUUCAGUUUUCCACGAAUAUUCGAGCUGCUCAAACAACCAUACCCAGUGAUACAGUUAUUGGCACUUGACGUUAUUAAUUUGUUAGUUGCCAGAAACAAGGAUGAAAAUAUACAAGAACUAUUCCGUGCAUCUCGAGGUCCUCAGGCCUUGUUAGAAAUAAUCGAUAAUGACGAAUAUGAUGAUUUACUUGAAAAAGCAUUAGAGAUUCUCUCAUCAGCAUGUGACAAUGAAAAGUCAGCAGAGUUAAUUUGCAGCACAGGUGGCAUUCAAAGUCUCUUAAAAUUCAUGGAAAGCAAUGACAAAAAGUUGACAGUGUGUCUUCUGAAUCUCAUCGUUCGUCUAGCAAAUUCGGCAAGCAGCAGAAAGGAACUGUACAAACAUGGAAUUGUUAAAAUUUUGCUAAACUUCAUACACGAGUCUUCAAAUCCUGACGUUGUUGGUGCGAGUUUUUACGGUCUUACCAAAAUGGUGCAGUACGGCCCAGCUGCAGAAGAAAUCACCUCAUCGAAUUCCAUGCACAAGAUACUUGGUUUUAUCAAAAAUGAAAGUCUAAAACAGCACGUAAGACACGCAGCUAUCUGUUGCUUGGCGGAAUUGUUGGCUUGCGACGCGCAGAACUGUUCGAAUUUGUUGGACAUCAACGGACAGACAUAUUUGAUAUGGAUGAUAAAACAACUCAUCGGCAAUGUUCCAUUAGAAACUCGUCUUAAAACAUUGCGGUGUCUUACGUCAAUAGGAGGCUACCCUGAAUUCAGAGAGCAAUUUGUCGAUGUCAACUUGAUAGACGCUCUGUGCACUCCAUUCGAAUUCAAGAGUAGUUUUGAUCUUGCCGAAUUGAAAGUGGCUCACUGCCGUGCAUUGUCCAUAUUUUGCAUUGAAAAAAUUGCAAGAGAUAUAUUUUUGCGUCUGGAGGGACCUAGAAAGUUAUAUAAUUUAUUACUUGAAUCUGAAUCUGUUCCGGUUAGAAACGCUGCAGCUCAACUGGUUUCACAAUUAUCUGGCGAUCAAGGUGUCGCGCCUUUACUUAUUCUUGCUGGGUGUUUGGAAUAUAUGAUUGGACACAGAUCAACUUCAAGAAUUGUUCCAACUUGGGAAUCGUGUAUUAAAGCAAUGUUUAAUUCUUAUUUGCCAGCAAAGUUCGCUUUUACUGGGCGUUUGUCGUUACAUGACAUUACAAAAGACGGUUUUUAUGUUAUGCGCAAAAAUGUUCAUCCGUUUCCGAUUAGUGAACAGUUGUUUACGUUCAACUUAGACCUUGCACAAACAAUAUACAUCUGCAUACCAACACAGCGACGUCGAUUGUUAGAUCAAAACUCUGAAGUGAAAGAUUAUCAGAUUUUAUCGAACGGUAAAAAAAACGAUGCGCCUAGAAAAAAUAUUUAUUCCGUAUACAGUACAGAUGUUACUAAUGAUAUAACAGGAGAUAAACGUGGGAUAAAGAAGACAGAUUCGUUUUUAUUUAAUGCGGUGGAGUUAUUCAAAUGCAAACUCAUUGCCAAGGAAUCGAGAAAUGCGAAUGAGCAGGAAAAGCCAGGACUCGUGAACAUUUCUUUUAUCAAAUCACGAGCGAAAAUGUUGGGUGAAUUCGUGGCGCAGAAAAUGUCGGGACCCGAUCCAACAACAAACUGCAUUGAUCACCAACUUGAGAUACAUCUCAGCGAAAUUAAACGUGACAUUGGAACAAACGUAAUUCCAUUAGGACAGUUGCAAGUCGGAUCGUACUUUGAACGAGCAUUGUUGUUCAAAAUUAUAGCAGAUAGAGUUUGUCUGCCAGCUGCGUUAGUCCGCGGGGAUUAUGGAAAAGCAUGGAUUGAAAUUGCUAUUCCAGAGAUGGAAACGCAAAGCAGUGAGCAUAUAAGCGACACUAUCGACGAGAGAAAAGGUGGAACGAAAUCAAGACCAUCCGUUGGGUCAACCAGUCACGAUCCAUCUUUUGAAGGUUCAGCGAAAGAAUUAGUUUCAGUCAGCCAACAUGUGUUGUCCAUUUUUCCAACAAAACUACUCAGACCAAGUUACAUAGUUGACUUGAUGCGAGUGCCUGGAGAUCUAAUACCAUUGGGCACCAAACAGGCUGACGAUUAUUGUAGAUAAUAGACAUGAUGCAGAACUUUGAACUACACCGGAAGCUUCACCUGGGUACAGAAUUUAUUCGAGGAUUUGAAUCAUCGCAAGGAUGUUAUCUCGUAAAGCAGAAUUUAUAUUUGU